UCAUUGGAAAAGAUGCUAGAAUUGCAAUCCCCAUGUGGGAUGAUCGGGUGUUUUCCCCAUAUGUUGGAAUCGAGAUCCUUCUCUCGAAGUCACUAAUCAAAAUCACAGGUUUGUCUAGCAUAGAGCUAUUAAUUUCUUUUCCUUUCUUGGAGCAGGGGAUGACAAAAGUUGAAGCCAUCAGUCUAGAAGGAUAUCAGUUCCGCUCAGAAAAUCUCUGCUUUAAGGAUGAUCAGUUUAAGAAUCCACCGAUCUUGAGGAUCCUUCUGUUAGAUAAAGCUAGUCUCAGUGGAAAUUUUGAGGGCAUUCUCCCGAACCUGCGGGGGCUGAGUUGGCACCUCUGCAACAUCAGUCCUAUGCUGCCGACCAAUCUAAAUCUGAAGAACCUAAUUGUCCUUGAUCUAUCGAGGAGCAUGGUCAUUGAGGAUUGGGCUGGCUGGAGGUUGAUGAAGGUAGCCGCGAAGCUAAAAGUUCUUGAUCUUACAGAAUGCGCGCAUCUAACAGGAACACCCGGUUUCUCAGCAUUUCCAGCUUUAGAGGAGACUGAUUCUUCGAUCUUGUCGCAACUUGGUCUCGGUUGAUCCAUCAGUAGAGCAACUUUGCGCUCUAGUCUCUUUAGGCAUAAGGGGCUGCACGAAACUCAAAUAUUUGCCUCAGCUGGGUGACGCACUGACUCAGCUGGGUCGGCCCAAUUUGUGUAAUUAUUGGAUAUGGCCUCUCAUGGAUGUAAGAAGGCCCUUUCGAGUAUUAUUAGAUGGGGCCGCGGUGCUGCCUAUAAGAAAAAAAGGAAGGUUAUUUAUUCUACGAAACUUCCAAAAAGACGUGGAUGGAUGGAUGGAUCACUCUCUUUCUCUUUGGUAUGUUCUAAAUUCAAUCAAAAGGGGCAUAAUAAAUAAAUAAAUAAAUAAAGUGAUGUUUAAUCUUAAUCUUAAUCUAUUCCCACAUGCACCGCAUGUUGCUCUGCCUAAUCAUUGUGCACCAACACGAAACUCAGGCACCUGUCUGUCCCCGCUUGGCCCUCCGCUUUUCUGACAAACCGGAGAAAAGCAGAAACUCGGGAGGAAGAAAAGAAAAGCCUGUGCCCUUUUGCACCCAUUUCAUGCGAUUCACCACUCUCUGCCCAAAAUUUCCGCAAAGUCUAGAAUUCAGAAUUGGAUCCACUCCCAAUGAUUGAUCGAAGCUGUAGCUGUCCGCCAUACACGAAGCUUCAUUAGUUCUGCUAGACGGGAAUUUAGGGGAUUUUCUUGGCGGGGAAGGAAUGCUCUGUUUCUCCGGUUGACUGUGCUUUGCUUUGUGCAUUUAUUGAGGUAAUAUAAAUCCGAGAUUCUGAUA